CACGAGUAAGAGACAAAGCCCGGAAAUGCAUGCAGGGUUGAAUUAAAAUGUUAUAUUAAUGGAUGGAUUGAUUUUUAUUUACAUUCUGACUGGAAUUUAAUUCUGAGGACUGAAGCGAUGACUGCUUUAGCCGGAAAGAGUUUGCUCAUGCAGAACACCCGAGCCCUGGUCCAGGCUGUAUCUCUGAUUCGGUCUUCUGUACUACAGCAUCAGGUGUCACCAGGCGUCUUUCUUCCUGAGAGACAGUACAGAUCCAUGCCUACACAUGGGAUUGGUCGAUAUAAGUACCUGCUUCCGAAGGAGACGCAAAAGAAGAAGAAGGAUAAACUUCAGAUCAAGGAGAUCAAGUCAGCGACGGAAACUGAGUACGGUGUGCUGAACAUGAAGGUCUCUGGAUAUGACAUGACCCUGGUGGAACAUUACGCUCAGUACAUCCAUAAACUCUGUAACCGCCUUGACAUCAAAGUGAGCGACAGCUACGCCUUGCCUACUAAGAGCACAGAAGUCAUGAUCAUGCCUGAGCAGGGCACCAAGAUGUAUGUUGAUGCCGUGCUUAAAACUCACGAACGGGUUGUUCAGGUAACCGAAAUGAAGGCGACGCUGGCUCCGAUGCUAAUGGAGGUCGUUCUUAGAAACCAACCGGAGGGAGUUCAGCUCUUGAUAAAUGAGCACACUGAGGCAGAAUACAAAGCCCGGUUCAAAGCCAGACCGGAACUCGACGGACUUCUGGCACAAAUUAGUUAAAAAGGCAUUUGGAUUUGUUAUCUGUUUUGUUAAACCUUAAAAUAAACGUGUACUUGGA